AUGUCUCGAGAGACUUUUGAUAGUAUUCGCAGGGCCUUUACACACAAGAUGGACCUGAGCUCAUGGUAUGUCACCAACUGGCAAGCUGCUCUCCUGGCAGAUCUCAAGCCACAGCAGUACGACUGCUGCGUCGACUCAUGCAUAUACUAUGCAGGGCAGCAUGCCGACCUCCAGAUCUGUCCUUACUGCAACCAGCCGCGAUUCAGACCAAACGGACGUCCUCAUCGCCAAUUCACCUACAUCCCACUUAUUCCUCGACUUUGCGCCUUCUACCAGAGUCUCUCAAUGGUCGAGCAGCUUCAAUACCGCUCUACAUUUGUUCAUGAUCCAAAUGUCGUGUCAGAUGUGUUCAGCUCAGAGCGAUACCGUGAGAUGCUGCACACUAAGGUUGUUGUUGAUGAGGAGGAGCUCAAGCACGCCUUCUUCUCUGAUCCCCACGAUAUUGCUUUUGGUCUUUGUACCAACGGCUUCCUCCUCUUUGGUCGACGACGC